UGGGAGACCAUGAUAUAGUGAAUGCAGGGUGCGGGGAGACCAAAUAUAGUGAAUGCAGGGUCCGGGGAGACCAGGUAUAGUGAAUGCAGGGUCCGGGGAGACCAGAUAUAGUGAAUGCAGGGGUCCGGGGAGACCAGAUAUAGUGAAAGCAGGGUCUGGGGAGACCAGAUAUAGUGAACUGCAGUGUCCGGAGAGACCAGAUACAGUAAAUGCAGGGUCUGGGAGACCAGAUAUAGUGAAUGCAGGGUCCAGGGAGACCAGUUAUAAUAUAGUGAAUGCAGGGUCUGGGGAGACAGAUAUAGUGACUGCAGGGUCUGGGGAGAGCAGAUAUAGUGAAUGCAGGGUCCUUGGAGACCAGAUAUAGUGAAUGCAGGGUCCAGGGGCCAGACCAGAUAUAGUGAAUGGGAAGGUUCCUGGGAGAACAGAUAUAGUGAAUGCAGGGUCCUUGGAGACCAGAUAUAGUGAAUGCAGGGUCCUGGAGACCAGAUAUAGUGGAAUGCAGGGUCGGGGGAGACCAGAUAUAGUGAAUGACGUUCUUGGGA